AUGACUUCUCAGGAAGAGGCUCAAGGGGGAAAUCCCACUACUGGAAGUCUUGAAAUCAUCUCUAUUACAGAAGAUGGACCACCAGUACCAGAAAUUAAUUUCUCCUUCAAAAGAUUUUUCAGCAUACAAAUGAGAGUUGAUCCCAGUGCAGAUGGAUCUGGGGAUAUUGAACCACCUUCGAUUUGCCAAGUAUUAAUCUCUCCCAAAUACCUUCCAUAUGUCUGUGCUUUAUUCUUUGUAGUAAUCCUAGCAGUUGCCACUGGCCUGGGUGUCCAAUACAACUGCAUUGGGAAGUUUCGCUGCCGAUCAUCCUUCAAGUGUAUCCAGAAAUCAGCCAGGUGCAAUGGUGUCUUCAACUGUAAGGAAGGGGAAGAUGAGUAUGGAUGUGUCAGGCUGAGUGGCAAGAGAGCUGUACUUCAGGUGUUCACCUCAGGAUCCUGGCGAACAGUCUGUUCUGAUGACUGGAAAGCAGAGUAUGGAAAUACUACCUGUAAACACCUGGGUUUCUCAAGUUAUGUGAGUUCAGGUUAUCUGCCUGUGGCUGCUGUUGAAAAACAGUUCCAAAGACAUUUUGUAUCCCUCAGCCAUUGGUUAUCAAUGGAUCAAGUGACAUCGCUGCAUAAUGCAACAAACUUGAGGGAAGAAUGCACUUCUGGCAGUGUAAUCAUCUUAAAGUGUUUAGCAUGCGGGGUGCGGGCCAGCUACAGGCCACGGAUUGUUGGAGGCAAUGCAUCCUUGCCCCAGCAGUGGCCUUGGCAGGUCAGCCUGCAGUUCCAUGGGCACCACCUCUGUGGAGGGUCUGUCAUCACCCCACGCUGGAUCAUCACAGCUGCACAUUGUGUCUAUGACUUGUUCUUACCGAGCUCAUGGAGUGUGCAGGUUGGCUUUGUGACUCAGCAAGAUACCCAGGUUCACACAUAUUCAGUGGAAAAGAUUAUAUACCAUCGAAAUUAUAAACCCAAGACCAUGGGAAAUGAUAUAGCACUGAUGAAACUGGCAGCACCUCUUGCUUUCAAUGGUCACAUAGAGCCAAUUUGUCUGCCUAAUUUUGGUGAACAGUUCCCAGAAGGAAAAAUGUGUUGGGUGUCAGGAUGGGGAGCAACUGUUGAAGGAGGUGAUACAUCCGAAACCAUGAAUUACGCAGGUGUUCCCUUGAUUUCUAAUAGAAUUUGCAAUCACAGGGAUGUCUAUGGUGGGAUCAUAACCUCUUCAAUGCUUUGUGCCGGUUUCCUAAAGGGAGGGGUGGACACCUGCCAGGGAGACAGUGGGGGUCCUUUAGCAUGUGAAGAUAUGAGUAUCUGGAAGUUGGUGGGAACCACCAGCUUUGGAGUGGGCUGUGCAGAAGCGAACAAGCCUGGUGUCUACAGCCGAACUACCUCCUUCCUGGGCUGGAUACACGAGCAGAUGGAGGUUCUUAAUCACUGUGUUUUCCCCACAUCUAACCAUAGGUUCCAGAAAUGGCUGGCAUUUUGCACAUGUAAGAUAAGUGAAGACAUUUCAGAUGAAGAUGUCAUAUAUGGUGAUGUAAUCAAGAGGGGAAAAAAGUGCAGUUAAAUAUAUGUUUGGCUAGAUGCUAGCAAGUCAUAAUUUUUCACAGGGACAUCCUUCAGAUUAAACAUCUAUUCAUCCUCAAAAAGACUUUCAGUUGCAGCACAGAAGCACAGACACUUCUUAAUGCAACCUGAAAGAAACCAAAAGAAAGUAAAGAAGAAAGUAAAUAAGACCACAAUUCUAAUCUGCUCUUAGCUGCUAUUGCUCAUCGUGGAUUGGGGUUCAUUUGGUGUCUUCAGAAGUUCUUUUACUUUCUUCACACUAACUUAACUAUUGUAGUUAAGGCUUAUCAGAGAGGCUGGGAGAGGGAUCCAUUUUGAUCUAAGAGAUGUAAAAUAGCAAGAUAAGGAGCUUGGUCAUCAGCUUGCCCUUUAAAUGCUUUCCUUCUGGAAACUGACAUUGUGACAACUCAGCUCUCAAGACCGUUCAUUUAAUGCCAGGCAUGAUCAGAGAGGAGGUAUUUACAUUUUCUGAUCUUCAAUUUCCUGGUCUAAAACCUGAGGUAAGCACUUCGGCCUCGCAGGUUUUCGAGAGUUUGCAAAUAUUUUGUUGAUGACUCUCUCCUGUGAAGGCAACAGACAGUUUUCUAUUGCUUUCCUCUAGGCAGUGAAAUUAGGUGGUGUUGUUUCACAAAAUGUUCAUCCAACACAGUUUCUCUUGCUUCCAUUUUGAAUUGCUAGGGGAGGAAGUAAAGCUUGUAGCGCAAAAUGGGAGUACCAUUGGCCUUCAUACAUUACAAUCUGAGAUCUACUAUGCUUCAGCUAGUGCAUCUGAAUAGGCAUGAAAUGUUCCCACCCCAGGAGAAAGAAAUAUGAAAAAAAAAAAAAAAAGAAAA